AAUUAUUUAAAAAAGAAAAAGAAAAAACAAAGCAACUUGAAGAAACUAUCGAACUAUUAAAAAAAAAACAUAAUAUCGAAAUCAAAGACCUUGAACAAAAACUCAAAGAAAAAGAUGAAAAAAUUACCGAAUUACAGAUUGAAAAUACAAGACUCAAAACCAUGUAUGAUCAACAAAAAUUACUAUUAGAUAAACUCAAAGCUAAUAAUGAAGAAUUAGAAACACUUAGAAAUGAUAGUAUCAAAUUUAAAAUUGAUACUACUAAUUUAAAUGCUGAAAUAACUAAAAUCAAAACUCAACGUGAUGAAUUAAUUAAAGAUAAUGAAAAAUUAAAAAAAAACUAUGAAGAUAUCGGAAAAGAAUUAAAUGAACUAAAAACUGAUAUUAAAA